AGAGAAGGACUUGCUGAAUGUCUUUUUCUUAGAUGUUCAAAUUGUCAUCAUGAGACUGAGUUGAAAACAAGUAAGAGACUGGGAGGUGUUGGUGGAGGGGCUCAUGAAGUCAACAGGAGGUCGGUAUUGGCUUCUCAGAAACUUGGCCAGGCUGGGUUGGCUGACUUUUGUGCUAGAAUGAAUUUCUGUCCACCAGUGACCAAGAAAUCUUACAAUGAUCAUUUGAUCCAAAUUGAAAAGGCAGCUGUAGAACAUGCUAGAACUCAAAUGCAGGAUGCUGCUGGGAGGCUGUCGGAUCUGACAAAAAUAAACAUCCUAACAGCAUUGAAGAUGAAAAUGGAACCGAAGUGGCUAAAGUAGCUGUUACAGUUGAUGGCACAUGGCAGAAAAGGGGCCAUUCCUCAAAGAUUGGUGUGGUGUUUGUCAUUUCAGUGGCAACUGGAGAAAUUCUGGAUUAUGAGGUCAAAUCUCUUGUUUGCUCUGAGUGUCGAGCUCGUGAGCAUAUGGACAGAGAUUCUGAGGAAUACAAAGCUUGGAAAGCCAGCCAUACAAAUUGCCACAUUAACCAUUCUACCAGCUCUGAGGACAUGGAGGCUUCUGCAGCAGUAGAAAUGUUUGGCAGAAGUGUAGAGAAGUUGCAUCUCAAGUAUACAACUUUUGUCGGAGAUGGUGACAGUAGUUCUUUUGGUCGAAAAGAGAAGCCAUGACUGCAAAAUUUGGAGACAAAUAUCCUGUAGUCAAAGAGGAGUGUGUGGGCCAUGUGCAGAAGAGAAUGGGUACAGCUCUCCGAAAGUUUAAAAAGGAAAUGAAGGGAAGAAAGCUGGCAGAUGGAAAAGGUGUCGCUGGAAAGGGAAGGCUCACUGACAAAGUUAUCAACCGCAUUCAAAACUAUUAUGGUAAUGCUAUAAGAGAGAAUUGUGGCAACCUUCAAGGGAUGAAAGAAAGCAUUAAAGCAAUUCAGUGUCAUAUGAUAGUGGAUGAGGACAUGUCACUCAAAAAGCAGCACAGACACUGUCCAAAGGGUAAAGACACAUGGUGUAAGUUCUGGGCUGACAUGCAUAAUAAGACAAACACCUACGACAACAGCAAGCGUCUUCCUGCAGUUUUCAUGAAAGAGCUGGACCCAAUUUUUAAAAGAUUGUCAGAUAAUGCUCUUUUAUCAAGAUGUCUUCAAGGUUUCACUCAAAACCAGAAUGAAAGUGUCAAUUCUCAAUUGUGGUCCAGAUGUUCCAAAACUACCUUUGUUGGAGUUCGUAAAGUUCAAAUUCCUGUUUGUGAAACUGUGGCUGUGUUUAACACUGGGGCAGCCAGCAAAGCAGUCAUUAUGGAUCUCAGUGGGGUUAAUCCUGGUCAAAGUAUGUUGAAGGCCCUGAGAGAUCAAGACAAAAGAAGGAUCGUAACUGCUGGACGAAAAGUUUCUGUGAAGUACAGAACACAAAGGAAGAUUUUACGGGCAAAGCGAAAGUCAAAAGGGGAAGUGUCAUACUCUUCAGGGGCUUUU